CGUUUGAAAAAUGCGAUGCAAGGUCGAGCCUUUCCAGCAGUAGACGUUCCGUCGUGAUGACGAUGAAAGCUGCGUUCGUAGCCGGGCUGCUUGCUUUGAUUCUCCAGUUGGCAGAAUUUCGUGAUACCGAUGUUACGGGUUCCCCGACCACGAUACGGAUGAGCAGCAGCCCGGUGAAAAGUGAGCAUCUGAAGGUUAAAAUGGAGAAAGUCGUGAAGGAGGUCACUGCCUCGGAUCUGAAGCCACUUAUUGCCGCAUACAGGGCCUUCCAAACUGCAGGGAGCUUGAAAAAAUCGCUGGAGAACUACCGGAAACAGAUAGAGGAGGAUUUCACAAACACGCGCGACAAAAUGAUGGCCCGGAUCUGCGCGGAGACUCAGGGGUUCAAGGAAAAGUUGAAGUCGACCAUCAGCCUGGCCAAGAAAAUAGGACCAUCGGCUCGACGCGCGUCUUUCCUUGACAUCAUCACCCAGGCCAGCGGUGACGCCGAGGAUGGCAUCCAGUUCAUCGAGGGAAUGGUCCGCCACCUGGCACUCAGUGACUCCAUCGACAAGGUAACGGUAGACAGCUCUGGCGAGGACGGGAAGCGAGAAUACGCGAUAAACUUCGACGACUUGAGGAGUUUCGCUUUCAAGAAAAUGCAACUGUACGCGGAUGAACUACAGAUAGAUUCGCAAUCGAUCAGCCGAAUCAUUAACUUCCUCCUGAAAUGCAUUAAAGAGGGCAUGACCGCUUUGGAGAGCGUCGAAUUUGAGCUGAGGACCAACCACCGGUACCCCAAGGACAUGGACAAAAAAGAGAAGAAGAUGAGGAGAGCUUUGGGUGUUGGCAAUUUGUACCGUGAGGAGUGUGCGGUUACUGAAUAGCGGUCCGAAUGGACUGAGUUAAACAGAAAGGUAUCAAGUCACAUUUUGGAAAAAAAUGAGUUGUAAGUGUAAUUGAAUGGCCUAUUUCGAGAACACCCAGACUCGGAAAAAAAUUCUUAUGAUCUAUAUUAUAAUAUUGCAAAGAAAUCGUUUUUUGGGUCACGACAUUUCUUAUCCCCGUUCAUCUCAUAAAAAGAUUGUUUUUUUUCUUUUCUUUUCUUUUUUUCUUCCACGUCGUGAAGAACGGCACAAAUUCCAUUUGUUUCAUAAGAAGCUGACUUAAAGGUUUCAAAACAUUCAUAUUGGACCAAAAAAUGACCGAAAUUUUUCAUGUUUUCAGCAACAGAGCUCUUUGACUAAAUUCAAUUCUUUCGUUUUCUUGAUUGUUAUUUUCAAAAUAAAGCACUAUUUGAAAUAAGCUACCUAUCAAAAACUAGUCAUGCAUUGUCGCAUCAAAAUUUCUAAGUUGAGAAAAAUAUUUUGAAUGUGAAAAUAAGCGUCUUUCAUCCCUGACAUUGAGCCUUAUUGAAGAAUAAAACCCUAAACCUUCUAUUCUCAAGUAAAUCUUGAUGUGACUCGGCUCUUCUCUGUUUAACUCUGUCCAAGUAAAGAGAAGCAAAUCAGUUAGACGUCCAAACAACUGAGGAGAUAGCAUAUUUAGAUACAUCCAGACAUUAAUUCUGUGCUUUCUGCGCUACCUGCAAAAUUGUGCGAGUCUUCAUGGCGUUGCGUACAAUUUUCAAGGACAUAUUAUUUGGCAUUUGUGACAGUCCUCGGGGAAUGGAAUCUUAAUUAAAAAAAUUCAGAAUUGAGAUAUCGAAAGUAGGCUUCAGAGGAGGGCCCAAUGUAUUUUUGUCAAAAUAAUACCCAACGAUUUUAAACCAAAUCGGAGGUUUGGUGGUUCAAAGUUUGCAGUUCAAAAUAUAGUCUAGUCUUGCGAUUCCUAAAGGACCUCAUUAUGAUAGAAUAGAUUUGUUUUAAUUGGGAGAUAAUCUCGAAUGUGCUCUAAGAUUAAGUUGCCACGUUAAAGAUUCACUGUGAUAUCAUUUUUUUUAAGAAACACGCUGGAGGACUUGGACUGGAUCAUUUACCACGUUUGUUCACAAUACGUGCUCCGAUAAAAAAGAACAAAUUGUAAGUUCCAAUAUAAGUUAUAAGUAAUCUUUGGAAAAAAGAAAAAAAAUAUGACUAAUAUUUGUUAAUACUUUAAUUCUAAAUCAUGUAAUUAUAUUCAUAUAUUCACCGUGUCAGGUAU